AUGGAAACCGAUGAUGAUCGUGAAGCAGGAGCUCAGCCUUCGACGCCUUCAAAUACCCCGCUUACUCAAAGUACUACCGAUCAAUCACAAUGGACAGAAGAUAAAGAACAGAUUCUACUAGGACCUUACGAAUACAUCGCGAACCAGCCUGGGAAGGAUCUCAGAAGCCAGUUCAUCUCUGCCUUUAACAUGUGGUUGAAUGUCCCUGGCAAGAGCCUGGAGGUCAUCAUUGGAGUGAUCAAGAUGCUACACAAUGCGUCACUACUAGUCGACGAUGUGGAAGAUUUCUCAGUUCUCCGACGUGGCAUUCCAGUUGCAAAUAGCAUCUUCGGUAUUGCUCAAACGAUCAAUUCUGCGAAUUAUGUCUACUUCAGAGCACUAUCUGAGCUGGCAUCGUUGGACAACCCCGAGCUGUUGAAAAUAUUCACGUCAGAACUUCUUAAUUUGCACAGAGGACAAGGGCUAGACCUAUACUGGAGAGACAGCCUGAUCUGUCCUAGCGAGUGUGAAUACAUGGAGAUGGUGGACUACAAGACGGGUGGUCUGUUCCGUUUAGCCGUGAGACUCAUGCAAGCGCAAAGCCAGAUACCAAUAGACUGUUCACCUCUCGUCACAACCAUUGGACAGAUGUUUCAGAUUCUGGACGACUAUCUCAAUCUAUCUUCUACUGGAGACUACAGUGCAUUGAAAGGCUUCUGCGAAGACCUAACAGAGGGCAAGUUUUCAUUCCCCAUGAUACAUGCGAUACGGGCAGACCCUUCAAAUCAUGUACUCAUCAAUAUCCUGAGGCUACGAACAACAGAUCAGGAGGUGAAGAAAUACGCGUUGGGAUACAUCGAGAGUGUGGGUAGUCUCAAGUACAGUGAAGACGUGAUCAAGGGCUUGAAGGAAAAGGCUGAGCAUUUGAUAGACGAUAUUGAGUCGCAACUAGGGCAAGAAAGUUGCGUAGGAGAGGGCGCUAAUGCAGUCAGGAAACUGCUUAAGAACUUGAGUGUUAGAUGA